GGACUGAAUGUGGAAGAAUCUCCAUUUACAAAGGACAUCCAUUGGAAUUCACUAUUCAACUUAGUGAUUAACUAACCGAAGGUGAGACGGAGGACCUCUGAUGGACAUGUUCUCAAAUACGUAGGAGCACCAGAAGUACUCAUUUCUAUGAUGGACUAAAUGCAGAAAACCUCAUAAAAAGGGACAUCUCUGGAAAUUGGAAGGAAAACUUCUCAUAUAUCUCCCAUAAGAAGAAAAUUAAGAAGUGGUGGGACUUACCGUCCCCCUCCCUCCACCCCUCUAUUUUUCGUCACCGAAAAAGAGAACUUUCUCAUUUCUCUCUUUCCUAUUCUACCCAACCGAAGUGGUAAUGUUCAGUAUCUUCAUACAAGUACAGUGCAUGUUGUUGAAGUUGAGAAUAUAUCUUGUACCACUGUCUCUUUUAGAUCUCUAUGUUGAGAAGAUGCGUUAUGCAGCUGUAAGCUGUAUGUCACGUUCAUACCGUCCCACAGUUCCUGUAUCCUACAUCGCUCUAGUUUUAGGGUUUACUUCUGUUGGGCCCACAACUGAAGGCAGUGAUGAGGAUACAUAUGGUAUGGAGGAAUGUGUAGAGUGGUUGAAGGCCCAUGGUGCAUGUCUUACUUCAGAAGAUUCUGGGGAGAUUCACUUUGAUACAAAAGCAUCUAUAUCAAGCCUUUUCAUACCAGAACCUGAAGAUGCUGUGGCACAUGGAGAUGCUAGUCUUGCAGUGAGCGAUUUCAUGACACGCAAUCUUGGGGAGCUAAAGUUUUCAAAUGCCUAGUCCUUCAUUUUCUGGCCGAGUGGUCUUUGUUCACGGCGGUCGAUCGUUCGACAGCAUAGCGUCACCGAUCGAUCUCGACGAACGUGCCUUACUGCUGCCGUUCAAAUAAACACAAAUAAACAAAAGUUAUUGCAGAUGAGAGAAAAAGUAAUAUACUUCGGGACAGAUGGAAUAUAUAAAUUUGUUUUGCCAAAUAUUCGUAAAAUUAAACCUUCAUUCCUGCCUGGUUCUUGGCAUAAUUAUAUCAUCAAUUGCGUGUAAGCUUUGGGAUA